UCUAAAAAACAGAAAAAAAUGGAAAUGGUUGAAAAAAGACUGUUAUCCCUUGUGUUAGCCUAUCUUUAUAUACAGGAUGGGUCUGGAUGUCACUACUCCCUGAUAAAAUAUGAGAAUGGAACCUGGUGCUGCGGACCUGGUAGUAAAGCAUCAGAUACUGGGAGCUCUUUCGAAUUACCAGGAAUACCGACUCCUCCGCAACCGGGACCUUCUCCAUCCCCCUCGGGAUCUACAACAUCAUCAACAGCAGCAAACUCAACAGAAUCAACGUCUACUCUUCCUCCUCCGACAAAUCCUGUGAUUCCAGUAGGAGACUGUGUCUGUGGAUUGGGAGCAAACUUGGUGGAAGAUAUAGAGAAACCAAAAUCAAGGAUAGCUUUGAUGUUGUCCAGUGUGCGGAUUCGUCAAUUUAUGGAUAGUUUUGAUGUUGUUCAGUGUACGGGGUCUUUGCUCAACAAAAGAUGGUUUAUAACUGCCGCACAUUGCUUUUGUGGAACUAUUGAGCCCUGUCCAGUGGCCAAUCAAGGAUUUGAGAAAAUUUUCAAGAACAAAAUGGAAAGGAUCCAGGUUGAAUUCGGAACACCGCGUACAAAGGUUGGAAAGCGGGGACCCUAUGCUGUUCAGACUGUUAUAGUUCAUCCGGACUAUUGGCAGGGUCCUAAUGAAGUUUCACAACCGUAUGACGUAGCAUUGGUGGAAACUGUAGAAGAUAUACAACUUCAGGAUAUUACAGACCCCAAUGCUAAAAUCGACGGUUUAGUUCCUAUUUGUCUUCCCCCUCCUCCUAGUUUAACUCCAGAACAGCUUGGACUUGGCAACACAAAUAUAUCUAGAAUUUUUCAAACAAGGUUUUUACAAAAAACAAAACCUGAAGAAAGUUUUGAAGACUUGGACUGUUUCCUGAGCAAUGGAGCUGAUGCAUUUCCUUCACUUGGAGAUUUUGAUCUGGACCAGGGAUUUCUGAGAUGCCAUCCGGGUGCAUUUACUGAUCCAAUGGGCGUGAGCGUGCUUUCCAAAACAAGUUUUAUCACAGCCUUUGGGAGCACAGCCAGAGAAGCUGGCCCACAUGGGGAUAAAGGUCUGAGAUACCAGUGCAGAACAAAUGCUUAUGGUCCAAUGGAUAGUAUGUUUCAUGAUUGUUUUGGAAAAUGUAACAAGGAUGUUGUGAAUCCAUACAAAAUGCAAGGGAGACAAGUUAAUGUGUCCAACCCGACUUUGAAUGACCCCAUCUGCAGAAAGUUUAUUCAGAGAAUUGUCCAAACUGGACAAAUGGAUUUAGACUUCAGAAAGGAUCCUGUAGCGUCCUCUACUGCUGGUAUAUCCGUUUCCAAAGUUGAGAUCUAUGAUGAAAAUGAUGUGAUUCACACCUGCUUUCCAUUCAGUAAUUUUGAGACUGCAAGCAAAGUUCGGAGUGCUUUUGACUUCCCAUACAAACACGGAUGGUGCAGUGUGUGUCAAGGGCAAUCUAACUCAUCAAACUGUGAAAACCUUGUCAGUGAGGAUUCGAACUGGGGGUGGUGUUUACCGGAAUGCGAUGAGGCAUAUAUACAACCAGAAAAACACGAGUACCCGCAUGAGGUUGCAGUCGAUGCAUUUGUUUACGAAAACUGCAGUCAUGGUAUUAAUACAUUUAAAGAGUUUUGUACCGGUGCCAAACUUGCAACAGCUUACACUCUUAAAUAUAAGAUAAGUUCAACAAAUCCUGAGGAGUUCCUUUUAUUGAGCGGAAAGCAUGCACAGUUCCAUCCUGGAGACCCUGCUUGGAACAAUAAUGGAACAUUUAUCAGACUUGGGGCAAAGUAUCAGGGAACACAGCAUACUCAAGUAUCUGGGGAUGCCUGCUAUGGUGAUGCUGGAGGAUCAGUUUGGAAAAUUUGGGGAUUCAGGGAUAAGGAAGAUAGCCUGGGUAAACGGCAGAAACAUGGCAAAGUUGCAGUUUUAACUGGAGUUAUCUCGAGAUUUGAGCAUCACUGCGGAUUCUUUAGACCAGAUCAAACAGAACACUGGUCCCACCCUGUUCAACAUACUAUUCACACUAGGGUCUCAACAAACUCUGGGAGCUGUUCUGCACCAGCCAAAGCUUCCACACCACCACCACCUCCACCCGUCAGAAAUGAUGAUAAUUUUAGUGUUUAA